UCUCGAUGGUUUCAAUCUCAGUUUCGAAAGAAGUGCCAUGAAGUUACCAAUCAUUUUAAAUUUCCUGUCAUGAAGUUGUUAAUCAUUUUACCGUUCUUGGCGCUCGCGAGUUCUUCUUGCCCAGAACUGCGGGUCGAGACACCCUUGGGUGGCGUUAUUGGCUCCUAUAAGAUCUCUCACUAUGGUAGGAAGUACAAGGCUUUCGAAGGUAUACCCUACGCGCAGCCUCCUCUGGGGAAACUUCGAUUCCAACCCCCCAAACCGGUCCAAAAAUGGUCACAGGAUCUUCCAGCGACGAAAAAGGGCUCGGAGUGCACCCAGUACCACAUGCUUCAGAAAAAUGGAGAUAAGGUCUCAGGUUGCGAGGACUGUUUGUACUUGAACAUCUACGUACCGCCUAGAAACAACGAGGAGAUGCUGUUGCCAGUAAUGCUCUGGAUCCACGAUGGGGCGUUUCAAUAUGGCAGCGGAAACAACGUGAACGAGAGGUUGUUGAUGGAUCGCGAUGUCGUGUUAGUCGCCAUCAAUUAUCGUUUGGGACCUUUCGGUUUCCUCAGUACGGGGGACCGUGUGGUACCUGGAAACAUGGGACUGAAGGACCAGACUAUGGCUUUGCGUUUCGUGUCGAACAACAUUAAAUAUUUCGGUGGCGAUCCUGAGAGCGUCACUAUUUUUGGCUUGAACGCGGGAGCUGCAAGCGUCCAGUAUCAUUAUUUGUCGCCUUUGAGCGCUGGACUCUUCCAACGUGGUUUGUCGAUAAGCGGCGUAGCUCUGGACCCCUGGCCCCAAACGGAGCGUGCACCUGAGAAAGCCAAGAAGCUGGGCGCUUUGAUGGGGUGUCCCACGAAGAACUCAACUAAAAUGAUCUCCUGCUUACGAGAACGCCCACCGCGACUUAUCGCUCAGGCUGUUCACGAUUUCAUGGCCUGGCUGUACAAUCCCAUCACGCCAUUCGGGCCAGUCAUCGAGAAGCAAAAGUGUCCCCGUCCCUUCAUUCGCGAUUCUCCGAUCGAGAUCAUCAACAGAGGCGAGGCGCUAGACGUCCCGUGGAUCUCUGGCGUCGUCGCCGAGGAGGGAUUAUAUACCGCUGCAGAAUUCGUCGACAACAGGAAGCUACUGAAGGAGUUGAACGACGAUUGGGACAAGAUAGCGCCGUCUUUGUUGGACUUUAACGAUACCGUUUCGUUGAGUCAGCAGAAGAAUGUCUCGGAGAUGGCUCGAAAGCAUUACUUGGGAUCCAAAAGCAUCAAUAGCCUGACGGACAAGCACGUGGUGCAGAUGAUUGGCGAUCGGUUGUUUAAGGUCGAUUUUGAGAAAGCUGUUAGGCUCCAGGCGAAGAUCAACAGAAGUCCUGUGUGGACUUAUUAUUAUACGUACAGGGCGAAGUAUAGUCAAAGCGAGGCGUUGAGCGGAAGUACCAAGGAUUUCGGUGUCUGCCAAGGCGACGACGUAGCGCUUAUCCUUGGUACGAAGAUGUCGAGCACCACGAGAGCUCUGGACGUGCACAUGCAGCAGUUUCUGCUGGACUUUUACACGUCCUACGCUAUCCAUGGAGAACCUAGGAUCAGUAGCGUUACGUGGAAGAAACUGGAUCCAGAUGAAGAGAAGUUCUAUUACUUGCACAUAAAAAAUCCGAAGAACGCGAAGAUGGCCAGCGACAAUAACUUCGCGGAGAAGAAGUUUUGGGAAUCGAUCAAUUUCAACGAGAACAAGUUGCCGAAAUCGUAAAGCAGUGGGGUCAAUCUUGACACUAGAACUACCAACCUAGUCAGUUUUAUUCAAAUAGAACGGAUAUUAUAUUGAUAGAUGGAAUUGCUCCUUUUUGCUUUUUAAUUUCAAAAACUUAGUAGUAUUCCGAACACCAAUACAUUGUCCUCGAUAGUUCAAGUGUUAAGUGGAACAACAGCUGUUAACCAGACAAGAAUUUAACAGUGCAAAAGAUGUAUAUAUAAAUAAAAACUCUGACUCACCGACUCAUCAACGCCCUGGUUAAAUCCUUGAACCUAGAAAGCUGAAAUUUUGCACAGAGGUGUCAUUUAUGAUGUGUCCAAGGAAUAAGAAAAGACAAAUUUUCGCCAAAUGAGAUAAACGAGUAACUUUUCACGAAAUUUUUCUCCAGGAUUCGUUCGAGCAAUAACGAAACAAUAGAAUAUAUUUACACUCGUAAAUCACGAGCCAUUAUUUAUCGUCCUCGUUAUCUGUAAGACUCUGACGUUUUCUGAGUAACGGCUUGCUUUGAUUAAGCCUUUAACAUGAGUUGUACACACAACUAACGUGCGGAUAAUUGUCCCGAUAAGAAUCCACCCGACUGCUAUCAGCUUUCGGUUCGCUCAAAAAUCUCAAACGUGUGUCUGUCGUGCAAGAAGGAUGAUCACCGAAAUAAACGGGAGGCGUGACAUACAAAAUCAUUUAUUCAUAUAAAAGGACACUUUAUACUAGCACGUACUGUCAAAAAACUAGCCUACUUCCGUACAGUCGGGACCACCGAGAGAUAUUCCCGGCUCGCUCGUUUCUUUAUGUAUCACAUAUUAUUAUACGCGGCAAACGAUAACGUAUUAUGCUGAGAACGAUUAAUUGUCAUUGUGGUCGCAGGUCGAAUUGAAAAUAAAAAAAUAAGAAUAAAUAAAAACAUAACCGAGAAAUUCAUCACGAGCAUUGUGUUGAGUAUAUUCGCGUACUGAGCGCCGUGUUCGAUUUCGCUAUUCACAGCAUGAUCAAUUUUAAUCCACUCGGCUAUCUCUGCUGCUCCGUUGGUCGUUAAAUUAAUUACCCGAAGGACACUGUUUGCUCGAAGACUAUUGGCACCAGAUAAAAAUUGGUCAUUCUGUGCAUAAAUAUCGUGCGUAUCUUUUUUUUUUUAUCUUUUGUUUAUGUAUAUAUAUAUAUAUA